AUGCCUACAUGUAGUCAAGUUAUUGUAGUGCGCUCCAUGCCUACAUGUAGUCAAGUUAUUGUAGUGCACUCCAUGCCUGCAUGUAGUCAAGUUAUUGUAGUGCGCUCCAUGCCUACAUGUAGUCAAGUUAUUGUAGUGCGCUCCAUGCCUGCAUGUAGUCAAGUUAUUGUAGUGCGCUCCAUGCCUGCAUGUAGUCAAGUUAUUGUAGAGCACUCCAUGCCUGUAUGUAGUCAAGUUAUUGUAGUGCGCUCCAUGCCUGCAUGUAGUCAAGUUAUUGUAGUGCGCUCCAUGCCUACAUGUAGUCAAGUUAUUGUAGUGCGCUCCAUGCCUACAUGUAGUCAAGUUAUUGUAGUGCACUCCAUGCCUGCAUGUAGUCAAGUUAUUGUAGUGCGCUCCAUGCCUGCAUGUAGUCAAGUUAUUGUAGUGCGCUCCAUGCCUGCAUGUAGUCAAGUUAUUGUAGUGCGCUCCAUGCCUGCAUGUAGUCAAGUUAUUGUAGAGCACUCCAUGCCUGCAUGUAGUCAAGUUAUUGUAGUGCGCUCCAUGCCUGCAUGUAGUCAAGUUAUUGUAGUGCGCUCCAUGCCUGCAUGUAGUCAAGUUAUUGUAGAGCACUCCAUGCCUGCAUGUAGUCAAGUUAUUGUAGUGCGCUCCAUGCCUACAUGUAGUCAAGUUAUUGUAGAGCACUCCAUGCCUGCAUGUAGUCAAGUUAUUGUAGUGCACUCCAUGCCUGCAUGUAGUCAAGUUAUUGUAGUGCGCUCCAUGCCUGCAUGUAGUCAAGUUAUUGUAGUGCGCUCCAUGCCUAAAUGUAGUCAAGUUAUACUUAGUCAAUAA